AUGUCAGAUGAUUGUGUGAUACUUUCUCUCAUUGAUUUCAAAGCCUUGUAUAAUGAUGAAGAUAAUUCUACAAUAAAAGAAUUUGGAUGGCUUCGGAAAAUGUUUAGAAAUCCCAAAAUUCCCUUCUCUUAUAAUUUUAUUAAAUCUGGAUUUUUUGAUUUGGAAAAGGUGGAAAAUGUGGAUGCAGAAUUUGUUGAUAUCAUAAUUUCAUACCAAUAUAAUUGUUUUAUAAUUUUCACCAAUGACAAGAUUUAUUUUGUGGAUAGGAGUAGUAAUUUAUUGAUUCAUCAGAUUGUUUUCAAGACUUGUGUCCCACUGCUGGAUGAGAAUAAUGAUGAGCUAUACACAACUGGACCGACAGGUGUUGUGAAGUUUAAAUUGAGUAAAUUGAUGAGAACAAAUAGGUGGCAAGAUUGUGUGGUGUGGGAUAAGAAAAUAAUUACCAUGGAUAUGUAUGGCAUUGAUAUUUACACAACAAGCUCACAACGUUUUUUGGUCAUUAAUGAAGCUACCACAGAUUAUUUGACUUUCAUUAAUUGUGAAACAGGUGAUUUGGUUGAAGAUUUCAAACCAUUGAUAAAAUUGGAUGGAUGUUCACUUUUAAUUCUAGAAAAUCAGGAAUUGAUAAUUCCAUUUAGAAAUGAAAUUGGAAUUUAUCAAAUUGCUCACGAAUCUACAGGGAUGCCAAAGGUCAACAUCUCAAAAUCAAAACCUUUACCACCAAGUGACUUUUAUGGAAUAGUUUAUGACUCAUCAAGACAAUAUAUUAUUCUUACCAAUACCUUUACUGAUAGCGUUUUAGUUUUGAGAAGAAGCGAUUUGGAAAUUGUAAAGGAACACAAAAUGGAUGGGAAAAUUACUGGAAUUUGUUUGGAUGAACGUUCUGGCGAAUUAUUGAUUGCUAGUUCAGGACGAAUUAUUAAAUUCAAAUGA